AUGGAUGAGUAUGGCCUCUGGUCACUGGAUGACACCGUUGGGCGGAUGGCAGGCCGUGGCGCCGCGGCUAUGCUUAUGCCUGUUUUACACUUUGCGCGACAAGACGACGAGGACGACGGGCAGAUGCACACGUGGAGAUGCCACCUUCGCCUUAGUCACUUAACAGCCCGGGUGUCAUAUGUUCGGCAGUGGAGUUGUAGCAACUCCUCGGGAUUGGAUGACCUCCGCGAGCCCUGGAGCCACUGCCUGGAAGCUGUCUCAUGCCGGCGCCCACCAGCACCCAUGUCUUAUUUCGUGCCACGAGGGGAGGGAAGGGAGGCCCCACUGUUUAAGCAAUGGCAUAAGUCGGAGUCGCCAGAGCAUCAGCGUGAGCGUGAGCAUCAGCUUCAGUCAGCAGCAGCUCAGCAUCGUCUUUCGUCUAUAUAUACUUUCUCUUCAAGCACACGCGGGCUCGAAAUGUUCUGGGAUUUGCAUCCGAUCUAUUCUAGUACUUCUCCCGUCAGUCUCGGCCGACAAUCUUGUAACGGUCAUCAAGUGGUUGCGCUUCUCCGAGCACUUCUCAUGAGAGUGCUCCGCCAACAAGAACCGCCCUCCACGUCCCUCCUCGCCAUCACAUCCCCCGUCCUCUUCCUCAACUUCCACGAAACCCGAAACUUGUUCGCAUUCGUCAAUCAUGACUCCUUUAAACAAUGGAUGGCCGAGCAUCAGUCCCACCCCGGCGCCAUCCGAUACUGCGCCUUCAAUCCGUACCUGGUCUGGCCCGUCUUGGGCUGGGAUCUCCGCGUGGCGGGCAUCCGGAACCUGCGAGGCGAAUUCCUCGGCACCAUCAUCAACCAGCGGGUGCUAGAACAGAUGUGGGAGCUAUGGCAGGAUGACGCGGAAGUGAAGGUCGAGGAGGAGAGGGCGCCCACAUCGGCACAGCGGGCGCCGCCGAUAUCAGAUCGAGGGGGAUACUAUGCAGGCCUGGGACAGCUCACGCAGAUGCUCGGCUGGGUGUUGUUCGCCUUCACUUUGAGCGCUUCGAAACUGCUCCAACUCGGCCUCGGGCUGGUAUCGUUGAUCCCGUUCUCCUUCAUCCUGUCGGUCUGGUGGAAAGCAGUCCGCGCUGUCUCUGCCGCUUGCGUUCGAGUCCGGGACUGGGUGAUCCGGCAAUCGUACGCCAGGUCGGCCCAUCCAACGAGUGAGGCCGCGACGACGGCUCGCUAUAACACUACGGACCAUGUCCCGGAUACUUCUACCUCUUCUUCGUCCUCUUCUUCCCAGAGCUCGACGCGUGACGAGAAUGCGACUCGGGUCUUUAAGGCCUUGGAUAAAACAAUAUUAUACUGCCCGAGCACGAGUGAUGUCCUGCCUGCUUUUACGUGCGAUUCCGAGGCCGAGGCCGAGGCUGCUUAUGCCGCCCAUGCUGCCGCCGCCGCUCAUGCCGAGGCUGCCCACGACGCCGCUGCCCACGACGCCCAUGCCGCCGCCGCUCAUGCCACCGCUACCCACGCCCAUGCCGCCGCCGCUCAUGCCACCGCUACCCACGCCCAUGCCGCCGCCGCUCAUCAUACCGCCGCCGCCGCCGAGAUUAGCGUCACUACCACGAUCCUUCCAAGACCCCUAAACACUUCAAUCUCUAUCAACUUCUUGCUCCUUUCCGUAUUCUAUCUCGCUUUUCUAUUCGCAGUAUUUCGUUAUUGCGUUUGCCGGAAGAGAACUAUCCCAUCAUCACCCACUCAUCGCCGCCGCCGCGAUUCUUCGCCCGACCAGAUUGCUUCAACCGACCCACCCACUCCUCCUACCAAACAACCCAUCCCUCUUCCGUCAACCCCUCAACUCGACCUUGCUCCUUCCACCCCCCAACUCGACCCUGCUCCUUCCACUCCCCAACUCGACCCUCCUCCUUCUACCCACCGCCGAAACCACAUCCCUCACCACAUCCCUCACCACAUCCCUCACCCCUACUCCCCACCCCCCCUCUCCGCCCGCCCUAGCAUCGAAUCCAUCGAAGCCCGCCUCAGCUCUUUCGCUACUGAAACGGAGAGACUCACAUCCGCCGUCGAGGGGAUCAAUCUGCGGCUGGAAGCUAAUCCUUUUGCUUUGCCUGGCUUUGUGGAGGCGGGUGGUGAAGAGGAGGAUAGGGAGGGGAGUCGGUGCGAAGAGCAGGAGCACGAUAAGCAAGGAGGGGAUGAAAUAGAGGAGGAUGAAAAAGGGGAAGGAGCGGGGGGGGAUGAAACAGAGGAGGAUGAAAAAGGGGAAGGAGCGGGGGAGGUUGAGGAGAGGGAAGAGAGGGAGGAGAAGGAGGAGAGGGAAGAGAAGGAGGAAGAAGGAGAGGAAGAAGAAGAUGCAGAUUCAAAGCAAAACCCUUUCAAUAGCGAGAAAGUCUCGACCUUGGACGCGGACGUCGAAUUAGAAGGGAAGAGGGGAAGGGGGAUGGAAGCGGAGGCUAUCUUUGAUGAUAUGAAAGGAUAG